UUAUAAAAGAAAUAGCAUUAUUAUUAUCACCAUUCCAAUCAUCUUUCCUCUUCUUCCAUUUGGUGCUCCUAAACAAGCAUGAACUUCCAAAGAGUUCUCUAUGCUACCUUAUAAAUUAUUUUCCAAACAUCUAUUAGUACAAUUCAUCAUCUUUGUCCAUAAUUGUGUGAAUAUUUUGAUAUGAGUCAGGUUUGGAAUCUAGGAACAUGUAGUCAACAACAAAAACUAUCCAUAGUUGGAGAAGAAGAAUCAAAGUCAUCCAACACAAGCACUAUUAUGAGCCGUUUUGAGUCACCAACUUCAGCUUUUUAUGCAACAGAAAACUAUAUGGGAUUUGCAGAAUUUGAUAAUCAAUCUUUGAGUUCUCAAUUAUAUAAGAUUAAUGAUUUCGAUUUCCCUUUGUAUCAAUCACUAAGAGAAAACAAUCAUUUCUUGGAUUCAUCAAACCAACAUGAUCCCAACUUUGAAUUGUCAAACACUUUGCAAGCAUUGGUGAAGUCUCAAUUAAAUGGUAAUCAAUGCCUUAGAUUCCAAGAAAAAUCCAAUAAAUUUUCAUGUGAGAAUUUUCCUGGGAGCAAGUUCAUUCCAAUUGAACAACAAAAGUUGUUCCUUGGUGGUCUUGCCUCAGUUGGCAGUAGCUCAUCAUUUUGUAACAAAGGAAAUCAAAGCUAUAUGGAUGCUUGUGGAUCUUAUGAUUUAUCUGUUGAGCAAUUGAACUUCUCUUCUCAUCAUGAGAAAUUGUCUCAAACAAUUUCAUCAGAAAGUUUAUCAACUUCUCUUGGAAACCCUUCUUCUAAUGAGAACGUAGUCUCAAGUAAAACAAGAAUUAGAUGGACAAAGGAUCUUCAUGAGAAGUUUGUUAAGUGUGUGAAUCUCCUUGGGGGUGCAGAAAAGGCAACACCCAAAGCUGUAUUAAAGAUGAUGGACUCUGAUGGUUUGACCAUAUACCAUGUAAAAAGUCAUUUGCAAAAAUAUAGAAUUGCAAAGUUCAUGCCAGAGUCAACUCAAGGAAAAUCUGACAAAAGAGUCCGUACAGAAGAUAUGGAUCAUAUUGGUGUUAAAACUGGCUUUCAAAUAAAGGAGGCCCUUCAAUUGCAAUUAGAUGCACAAAGGCGUCUUCAUGAACAACUAGAGAUUCAAAGAACAUUACAAUUGCGAAUUGAGGAACAAGGCAGAGAGCUGAAAAAAAUGUUUGAGCAGCAGCAGAAGACAUGUAAUAACCUCUUCAAAACUCCAAAUAAAGUUAAUGAUGAUACAAAAAUUAAUCACUUAGAAGAUGUUGAGGUUUCUAUUUGUGAAGGGGCUGAAAAUUCUUUAUUCACUUCCAAAACCUCUCUGAACACAUAAUUUGGUAGCUGUUUAUAGAAUCUACAAAUUAAAUAAAACAACAGUUUCUUUAAAGGUUGCUUCUUGUAACCUACACACAAAUCACACCAUGCAAUUUUGUUAAGUGAAGUUUUUCUUUAUUUUGAAUGUUAUGUGAAGAGAAGUACUGUUGAUCCUUCAAAUACAAACUCAAUGAAUUAGUACAUAUUCUAGUGUU